AGAGCGGGUUCCGCUUCCGCUUGGGCUUGUUGGGUUGGGAGGGGAGGGCUGCGGCUAGUCGCUUAGCCUGGAGAGUAGGAGCCCCCUCUCCUAUCUCUGCAGAUCCAGCUGGAACCCAGUUCUCCAGGUUUCACACUCGAGGACCAGCUCUCAUCAGGGUUUCGCUGGGGCUGGCAGUGGGGGGUGGAGGCGCUUCUGGCUCUCUGCCACUGGAGAUUCUUCUCCACCCCCUCGCCGAGCCCCCUUCUUGGCCUUUGGUCUCUGUCUCAGAUUGCUGAUUGUGGUCCUAAUUCUCUCUUUUCCGGGGGACCGAGCUAGCACAUUGCCCCAUCCUUUGACUGGGCAGCAAGACGUGGUUCAGACGCUGGUACGAGGAGGGACGUUCAUCUCUAAUAUCUCCUCCAGCGCCGCUGCAGUGGAUCCCUGAAUAUCUUCUCAUGCCUUGUCGCUCAAUGCCCCAGCCACUCUCCAAGCUCCUGCUGUAACCCAGGGCUGCCGCGACCAUUCCCAAUUCCCUGCCUGCUCAUGGCUCGGGUGUCGGUGUGACCCAGUGGAUGGGCCCACCACUAGGAUGCCUGCGUCCCUGUGAAGGCUCUACCUGCAGCCUGCCUGCUGAGGGAGACCUGAUAUUGCCAAGGGGAAGAGUGUUGUGGGGGCCCCACCAUGGGGGACUCAGACCAGCGGCUGGUUCUGGGCAUGAAUGUGGGGGAUGGGCGCCAGACGCCUCCUGGGGAGCUGCGGACACCCACGCAGGAGGGUGAGGAGCUCAGGGCUCCUAUCCCCGAGGAUGUCUGCAGUGGUGACGAAACCAAAAUCCCAUCGAUGGACCAAGAAGAUGUGGAGGAAGAGUUGGACCCCAGGAUACAGGAGGAGCUGGAGCAUCUCAACCAGGCCAAUGAGGAGAUCAAUCGGGUGGAACUGCAGCUGGACGAAGCCAGGACCACAUACCGCAGGAUCCUCUCUGAAUCCGCCAGGAAGCUCAACACCCAGGGCUCCCAGCUGGGGAACUGCAUCGAGAAAGCGCGUCCAUACUAUGAGGCCCGUCGCCUGGCCAAGGAGGCCCAGCAGGAGACGCAGAAGGCAGCGCUGCGGUACGAACGGGCGGUCAGCAUGCACAAUGCCGCCCGUGAGAUGGUCUUUGUGGCGGAACAGGGCGUCAUGGCCGACAAGAACCGGCUUGACCCCACCUGGCAGGAGAUGCUCAACCAUGCCACCUGCAAGGUGAAUGAGGCGGAGGAGGAGCGGCUGCACAGCGAGCGGGAGCACCAGCGCGUCACCCGGCUUUGCCAGCAGGCUGAAGCCAAGGUGCAGACCCUGCAGAAAUCCCUCAAGCGUGUCAUCGUAAAGAGCAAGCCCUACUUCGAGCUCAAGGCCCAGUUCAACCAGAUCCUCGAGGAGCACAAGGCCAAGGUGACAGGGCUGGAGCAGCGGGUCUCCCAAGCCAAAAUGCGCUACUCGGUGGCGCUCCGUAACCUGGAGCAGAUCAGUGAGCAGAUCCACGCCCGGCGGCUGCAGCGCCUCAUCCAACGCCGGGCCUCUCCAGUAGGGGCAGAGGCGGGGGCCGGGCUGGGCGCCGAGUGCCCCCCCACGGACACACUCUCCAUGCUCAGCUUGCAGACCAUUGCCUCUGACCUGCAGAAGUUUGACUCUGUGGAGCAUCUGCUGGGGCUGUCGGACGCCACCAGUCUCAACAGCGACGAGCUGGAGGAGCAGGAGCAGCGCCGGGGCGGGCAGAGCCAGUUCAAGCACCACCGCAGCGUCAGCCUCUAACCCACCUCCCUGGCCCUUCCCCUCGGCAAGCCCAGCCGGAAGGGGCUGUGCCAGCCAGGCGAGGAGGGAAUGCUGUGGCUGGACACUGCGCCACUGGGGGGUGGGGCGGGCAGCCUUCUGCGAAGCACCCCUGCUUCCUAAGGGGGGGACAAAGACACUACACCUCCCAGAGGGCAUUGCUCAUCCUCUCCUCCCCCUGCCCAAUUAGUGCCCUCUGACACUGCACUGGGUGACCUCUGACACUACACUUCGCAGGGGGUAUUGUUGUACUGACACAAGUAGCUUGGAGGCUGCUGAUUCCAGCCAGAAGGGCUUUCUGGGUCCCCUGCGGUAGGGCUCCAUGCUGGAGCCAGGAGCAGACACUGCCCUUUGCUGGAGCAGUGUUACCUGCAAACCCCACUCCCAGCAUGCACUGAUCAGAGCACCCAGUUCCCUUGAGUGCUGUGUGCUGACAGCCAGGGUCUCCCUAGAGCAGAGACACCAGCACCUCUGGUUUUAUGCCCACAAUUUGGUCUGCUGUCUUCGCUGACCUGGUUUCCAGCACUGCUACAUGUCCUGGGCCAGGGGAGGGAGAAGCGAAACUAGCUGCUGUCUGACACUACAUUCCUGGGGGGAGGGGGUUUGGCAGGCCCUGGCCUGGGGCUACUGCAUGUGUACAUCCCAGGGGACAGGGCGGGAGCUAUGGAAUGAGGGCCCUAUGAUGUCAGCUUUCUGAUAGCUACAGCCUAGUUCUUGUCCACAACCACAGGCUGGUGAAGGUUGCUGCUGAGACAUAGAGAUGGCCUGGAGCCAAUGCCCUCUCCUAGUGCAUACACAGACUGGGCCAGUUCCCUAUGCCUAUCAAGUGGAACCUGCAGUGCUCACAGGGUGGGUUGCUUGCUCACCUCCUGCAAUGUAAUAGGGAUGCUUCUCUGAAAAUGUGGGUGCUUGGUGCCUGAGGUUCAUCUCCUAGUGGCAGAGAUUACAGGAGCAGCCCAUGCAAACUGUAUAGCCUUCCCCACUGCUCACAGGCGGCUGGGCUCAAAGAUGCCUGGAGUCUGCCCUGUGAGCAGAGCACCUUCACCCAAAAGGUGGCAAGGAGCUGAUUCCUUCCCCCUCCAGCAGGUGGCACCAGAUGGUUUACUCUGGACAGCUCCUUGUACUCUUACUAACCCUGUUCCUCCAGAUUUCCUAGGUCAAAUCCCCCUCAAAUCUUCCUUUAUAUUGAGACAAAUAAGUGUCAAAGCUGCGUGGAAAGUAAUUUGCACUAGUUGGUGUGGGGAUGGGGGGGGUUGGUGUCAGUUGGGAGUGGGAGCUCCUUGUGCAUAUCCUGUAUCCCGGAGCCCACUCUGGGCUUAUCUGUACCCACUGUGGUCUCCUGGGAGCUGGGGCUGCAUCCUCUCUGUGAUGGAUGCUCCUCUUGGUGGGGGACUGUUGCUGCUGUGCCCUGGUGUGGUUUCACUCUGCUGUGGCUGUGAUGAUAACUGCCAGUUUGAGGCAGCCCAGUGGAUCUGUAUGAGUGAGCGGCUGUGCUGCAUAUUUUAUUUAAAGUAAAGAUGCCCCAUGGAGA